CGAGCUCAGCCUUCAGGUAAACAUCCGACACUUUAUCGUGAGGCUUUCUGCUGCUGGAGGGGAAACACGCUGGAGUCAGAGCGGAGGAAAUCCGCUUUUUACUGGCCCUGACCGGGGAGGAGGCGGUUAGAGCGGCUGCAGCUGCAGAAAUGGCUCAUUCAGGGCAGCAGGGCGAGAUGACGGAGUACAAGAAGAUCCUGAUAAAGCGGGACAUGGAGAUGGGCGUCGUGAUGACGGUGUUUCGGCAGAAGGCCGAGCGUCUCACUGUCCAGGUGAUCAUGGAGACCCGGCAGGUGGCCUGGACGAGAACCGCAGACAAGACGGAUGGAGUCUUGGAUCUGUCUGAGAUCAGAGAGAUUCGUCCGGGGAGGAACUCCAAAGACUUUGAGCGCUUUAAAGACGGGAAAGAUAAACACGAUGAGAACUCUUGCUUCACCAUCUUCUACGGAUCACAGUUUGUUCUCAGCACCCUCAGUCUGGGAGCUGAUUCUGUGGAGGAGGCUCAGAAAUGGUUGAUAGGCAUUGAACUGCUGAGGCAGGAAACUCUGGCAGCUCCGACUCCAGUUCUUAUAGAAAGCUGGUUGAGGAAGCAGAUGUACUCUGUUAAUCAGACCAAGACCAACAGCAUCUCCAUGAAGGAACUGAAGGCUCUGCUCCCGUCGCUCAACUGCAAAACUCCCAGCUCUCGAACCCUCAAAGACAAAUUCCUGGAGGUCGGAGGGAAGAAAGACCGACUGGACUUCGAGCAGUUUCAUAAAUUUUACAACCUGAUCAUGUUUGAGCAGAACGAGAUCCUCGACGAGUUCAAAAAGGAAUCCUGUUCGUUUAUUCUGGGGAACACGGAUAAACCAGAAGCUUCGGCCGUUCUGCUGCACGAUUUCCAACGAUUUCUCAUCUACAACCAAAAGGAACUUUGGGCCAAUGAUCUGAACCAGGUCAGAGAACUGAUGACCACCUUUAUUGACGACACCAUGAGGAAAACCAACGACCCGGAGUUCACCGUCAGCGAGUUCCUCGGCUUCCUGUUCUCCAAAGAGAACUCGGUGUGGGACGAGAAGUUCUCCGAGAUCAGCAACCUGGACAUGAACAACCCUCUGUCGCAUUACUGGAUCAGCUCGUCGCACAACACCUACCUGACAGGUGAUCAGCUCCGCAGUGAGUCGUCCACCGAGGCCUACGUUCGCUGUCUGCGUCUGGGAUGUCGCUGUGUUGAACUGGACUGUUGGGAAGGACCAGGGGAGCCGAUCAUCUACCACGGCUGGACCAGGACCACCAAGAUCAAGUUUGAGGACGUGGUCAAAGCCAUCAACGAACACGCCUUCGUCACCUCAGAGUUCCCGCUGAUCCUGUCCAUCGAGGAGCACUGUCCUCUGGAGCAGCAGCGUCAGAUGGCUCGGAUCUUCAGGGACGUGUUCGGAGACAAACUGCUGACCGAGCCGGUGGAGCAGAUGGCCGAGCAGCUGCCGUCGCCGACUCAGCUGAAGGGGAAGAUCAUACUGAAGCACAAGAAGCUCAGCGUGGAGGGAGGAGGCAUCACCAAAGACUUCAGGAAGGGCCAGAAGCAGGGAGACCUGGAGAUCUGGGACCCUGUGGACCGGCGGUGGAACAAGCACUACUGUGUGAUCUCUGACGACAAGCUGUACUACGCCGAGGAGUACGAGGAGGACGAAGAAGAUUCCAGGAAGUACCAGGACCUGCACUGUUCAGAACCGUGGUUUCAUGGUCGUAUGAAGGAAGGCAGGCUGAUGGCCGAGCGGCUGAUCCACGAUUCCUGCGCAGAAACUGGGGGAAGAGACGGAACCUUCCUGGUCCGACAGAGUGACACCUACGUCACCGACUGCACCCUCUCCUUCUGGCGUGGUGGUCGAGUUCAGCACUGUCGUAUUCGCUCUGGUUCUGAAGGCGGCCACAACUACUUCUUCCUGACGCCGAACCUCCACUUCCCCAGCGUUUACUCACUGAUCCAGCACUACAGAGAAACGCCGCUGCGCUGCCAGGACUUCGAGCUGUGCCUCACCGACGCCGUACCGAAACCCGACCCGCAUUUACAAGAAGGGUGGUUCUACAGUAACCUGAGCAGAGGUCAGGCGGAGGAUUACCUGCUGAGGAUUCCCAGAGACGGAGCUUUCCUCAUCCGGCAGAGAGAGGGAGAAGUGGACUCGUUUGCCAUCACGUUCAGAGGUGAUGGUAAAGUGAAGCACUGCCGGAUCCAGAAGGAGGGCGACAUGUACCUGCUGGGAACCACCACAGAGUUCGAGAGUCUGGUGGAGCUCGUCGAGUAUUUCAGGAAGAAGCCGCUCUAUCGCAAAAUCAAGCUGCGUUACCCAGUGACGCCCGAACUGGUCGACCGCUUCAGCACGGAGAAAAACUGUGCGUCGCUGUACGAGGUGAAGACGUACGUGGAGCCCAAUGAGAUCGAACCUGCCUUGCCUCUGAACACCGUCAGAGCUUUAUACAGCUACCAGGCCAUGAGGCCGGAUGAGCUGAGCUUUGUGAAAGGAGCUCUGAUACACAACGUGUCCAAGGAGAACAACGGAUGGAGGAAAGGUGACUACGGUGGAAAGAUGCAGCUGUUCUUUCCUGCCAACUACGUAGAAGAAAUGUCCAUCAACAGCCCGACUGACAGCAAAGCUCAGGACAUGGAAGACAACCCACUGGGUGAGCUGUGUAAAGGAGUCGUGGACAUCUCCAAGUGCAACAUCCAAAACUUGAAGAACGGUAAAAGCGGGAAGCCUCAUGUGUUGACGCUGCAGAACAUGGAGGAUGACAGUCUGCAGUUCGACCUGGCGGCAGGAUCUCUGGAGGAGCUGUUUGAGUGGUACCAGGUGGCCUGGGACAUCACCCAGAGAGAGAUGAGCAAACAGUACAACAGGGAGCAGGAGAUGAGACAGCAGGAGGAAGUGGAGAAGAAGGCUGAGGUUGCCAUGGAGAUGUCCGACCUGGUGGUCUACUGUCAGCCACGCAGCAAAGAGAAGGACCGCUUCGAGAGUUACAACUACAAAGAGAUCCGCUCCUUUGUGGAGAACAAGAUUCCCGGAAAGAGUCGCACCAAAGACUUCCUGCAGUACAACCGAAAAGCUCUGAGUCGCGUCUACCCCAAAGGCCAACGUGUGGAGUCCUCCAACUAUGAUCCAUACCCACUGUGGGCCGUCGGCUGCCACAUGGUGGCGCUCAACUUCCAGACUGCAGAUAAAUACACCCAGCUGAACAGUGCCCUCUUCAGUCUGAAUGGAUGUACCGGCUACGUGCUGCAGCCGGAGCUGAUGAGGUCCGACAGCUACGACCUUUAUCAGGAGAAGAAGAAGGUCAAGUACAACAUCUGUGUCAGGGUGAUCGCUGCCAGACAUCUUCCUAAACCCGGCCGGAGCAUCGCCAGUCCAUUCGUGGAGAUCGAGCUUUGUGGACACACAGAGGAGAAGUUCAAAACUAUCGUCUACCGUGAUAACGGUCUGAACCCGGUGUGGAAAACCCCGGCAGAACCCGUGGUGUUCACCGUCUACGAGCCUGAACUCACCUUCCUGCGCUUCGUGGUCAACGAGGAGGACAUGUUCUCAGACCCCAACUUCCUGGCUCAGGCCACGUUUCCCGUCAAAGGCCUUCGCUCAGGUUAUCGCUCCGUACCUCUGAAGAACGGCUACAGCGAAAAUCUGGAACUGGCCUCUCUGCUGGUCCACAUCGAUGUGAAGCAAGCUGGGACAGCGGAGGAGGAGCUGUACUCGUCGUCCAGCCAGCUGAGGAGGAAGCAGGCGGAGUUCAGUGAGACGUUCCUGUACGACACUCACUCCAACAUCCAGAGAUCAGCGCUGCCUCGACAGAGCAACAACCAGCUGAGCAGAGAGUUCAGCAGCAGCCAGAGGCAGAGGACCAAAGAGAAGAAGAUGAACAGCAGUAAGUUCUAAUCCUGAGGACUCACCUGUCUGAUGUGAGCUUUUCCAGCUGAUCAGAGUUUUAUACCAACGAUGGGGUCAAUCCAGCGUCACCCUCAGAUAUUUUAUAUUUAUUUAAGAUUUUAAAAAAGCUUGUGGUCCUGAUAGUUUCUGAAUUAUUGGAUAAAAUGUGUUGAAAUGUAGGAAACAGUCUGUAAUCAAACUGCAUCCUGUUGCUCUGAUGAAUAAUCUUCGUUUCUCUGCAGUAGUUUGUGUUAAAUUCCUGGUUUGUGAGUUGAAUUCUGAGUGUGAUGGAGCUGCUGCGUUUAGUCGUUCUUUAUUUUCCCUCCAGACUGAUGAAACGUAAACCAGCGCUUCCUGUAUUUAACAUGAAGGCAGGCAGACGGUGUUUCUCCCAGAAUUCCUCUGUGAAUCCUCCUGAACCGAGUCAAUAAAGUUUAGUUUGGUGCAACUUUAA